AUGGGAAAAAAGAAAGGCCGCACAGGGCAAAAGAAGCUACAAGGCCCUAAGGCUAAAGCAGUGCAGAAAGCAAAGAAUCACAAGAAAGCUGAAUCAAAGUCCAAAGCCAAAUCAAGAAAAACACAGUCUAAAGCUGUGAAGACCAAUCUGAAAAAGAUGUCCUUUGACAACAGCAAGAAGAUUGACCUCCUCAAUGCCGACAUUACCAAAGUUCUAAUGGCACCACCCAAGCUAGCUCCAGUCACGUCUGAUAAGGUACCACAGAAAAAGCCACAAGUGGAAGAUGUACCCAUACCAGAUGUGGCCUCAAUAGAGCAGCAGAUGGAGCAGAUGUGA